CGACAAGAGGGGACUAGGGGACGAUGGCAGAAAGAAGUAACUCGGGGUGGUUCCAUCUAGGUCUCAUAACAACUGCGUCUGUAUUGUUCUGUGCGCAAAUAAUUCCCGGUGGAAAGGCCAUAUCAAACGAUGUCAAUGAGCCAACGGACGAAAACAAGAUAUAUAUCAAACAGAAUAAAAAAUACAAAUGUGUAUUAACCACGUGUAUGGAAAUAGCGAUUGGUGGGGAAGAAACGGGGAUCAUAGGAAAUCCAGAGGAGAACAAUAAUGACACAUCUCUCUACCAAGGGGAUAUUGUUGCUCCACCCGUGAUUAAAGGCGUUGCUGAAUCAAGGUACCGCAAUGCUCUUAACAUGGGGUCUACUGAUAUGAGUGCUUGGUAUGAACGAUGGUAUUUUAGAGCUAAUAGAGAACCCAGAGGAAGAGUGUUCUACGAGUUUGAUUCUUCUCUUUCUUCCAGACAAAAGAACGACAUCCUGUCUGCAAUGGAGGAGAUACAAAUUAAAUCAGGGGGAGCGACCUCCAAGUGUAUUCAAUUCCUCCCGAACAAUGGCAAUUCAAGGGACCAUUUAUUGAUAAAAAGUACAUCAUCAUCCUGCCAGAGCAGUGGGAUAGGUAAGGACAAAGAGGUUCACCAGCCAUACAUCAACUAUGGUCCUGGGUGUUUCAUCAUUGGCACUCUCAUGCACGAAUUGCUACACGCACUUGGAUUCUUCCAUGAACACGUCAGAAAUGAUCGUGACGAUUACGUUGAUAUUAUUGGCUCAAACAUAAGGGGUGGUUACACUUCUCAGUUUGCAAAGCCAGAAUAUGCAUCUGAUCUCAUUAGUUACACGCCUUAUGAUUACGACAGUGUAAUGCACUAUGGCAAAUAUUCAUUUUCCAAAGAUGCUGGGCAAGGAUUGGAGACAAUACGCGUUAAAGCUGGAAAAUCUACUAAUUUCGAAAUUGGCCAGCGAGAUCACCUCUCUAAAAGUGAUAUUAAAGAUUUGCAGAUUAUGUAUUCCUGCCCUGAUAUAGGAGUUGCCGCUGGCGAAGAGGCUGCUACUCCCCCUAACUAUGUUUGCACUUUCGAAGCUGAUGAUUUAAAAUGUGGAUUUAUUAAUGGACAUUCGUCUAUCUGGAAGUCGACACCCGUGUCGAGUAUAGGCUCAGAAUAUUAUGAUGCCACAUUCAGUUUUCCUGGUCAAAAUAUAGGCAAUGUGCUGUACAUGGCACCUGGGAGUGCCACCACCGACGCCUUGUUUACCGCUAACGUUCCACCUGCCGAAUAUUGCCUUCAAAUCAACUAUUUUUGCUAUGGUUCAAACAGCAAGGCACAAGUCUACUCUGGUAUGAAGGGUACAAAGAGGCUCAUUUACACAUUACCAUCCUGUAAUGAUUUCACGUGGUAUUACACCUGGAUGGGCAUUGAAAUGUCAACUUCGGGAACAAUUGAGAUACAUGGUUUACGUGCAAACAUUGGACACUUUCUACUUGACGACAUUAAGCUUAUGGAAAAACCAGCCGACUGGAAAGACUGCAACCAAUAAGAGUGCUUAAAAUUUGCAAUUAAAAGCACCUGGUAACAAUAUAUUUCGGCAUGACAAUGUGUAUAUUUAUCUCAUUUCCAUUUAGUGCAGACGAUGAUUAAAUUUCUAACAGAAAUUUAAAAGAGAACGACUGUUUUAUAUAAGUUAUUUUAAUGUUUUUACAAUGUGAUACGUACAUAGCAACGUGCACCAUGUCUAGACAGCCAAUGGAUUUGCAGGAUCAGGCCACGUGAACAAGUACGUGAAAUAAUAGAUAACUGUUAGCUAAAGUAUAGCAUUUACUUAUUAACUACAAUUAUUAUAAUGGUACGAAAUGGCGAAACGUAUACCAGUAUACAAUAUUUUAUAUAGGUUGUCUGUAUUUAGAGAUAAUAUUCCACCAACCAUACCUCUGUUUUAUGAUAAGAUUUUUUCAAGGUUGAUUGGCUCCUAGUAUUCUUUGCUGAUUCUUUGACGUCAAUUAACCUUGUGUUCGUAUAAUUUGCAAAUUUGCGUAAAUAUUGAGAAUAACAUUAUAAUUAUUGUCAUCUCUUUAACAAAUACUCGGUCAAUGGAUAAAUAUUCUAGUACAAUUAUUACAAAUUGUAUCCUGUCAGGUAGGUAAAGAUCGGCAAAAGAUCCCGGUUGCCUCUGUGUGCAUAGAAUAGUUUCUGAUCACUGAUUAACGACUGCCACAACAAUGGACUACGCGCUUGUUUAUUGCAUAGUAAGCAAAUUACA